AUGUUGUCAUUCAUCCUCAUACAGAACAGACAGGGGAAGACGCGCCUGGCCAAGUGGUACGUGCCCUACGACGACGACGAGAAGAUCAAAAUCAAGGGCGAGGUCCACCGGCUGAUCGCGCCGCGCGACCAAAAGUACCAGAGCAACUUCGUCGAGUUCCGCAACCACAAGAUUGUGUACCGGCGGUACGCGGGCUUAUUCUUCUGCGCGUGCGUCGACACCAACGACAACGAGCUGGCGUACCUGGAGGCGAUCCACUUCUUCGUCGAGGUGCUGGACUCGUUCUUCGGGAACGUGUGUGAGCUCGACCUCGUGUUCAACUUCUACAAGGUCUACGCGAUCCUCGAUGAGGUGUUCCUGGCCGGCGAGAUUGAGGAGACGAGCAAGCAAGUCGUGCUGACAAGGCUCGAGCAUCUCGAUAAGUUAGAGUGA